AAAGACUCUGGUCUCUGCUCAGUACAUGAAGAGAGCGAAGUCUUCAAACGGUGGGCAGCCUUUAAGCCCAUUUCCCCAAUUGGGAUGCCAACGUAUGAAGAACGGUUGCAGGAAUUGGGUAUGGCUGGUCUAGAGAAAAGAAGGACUAGGGGUGACAUCAUAGCAAUAUUCCAUAAAGAAGACGGGGGUCAACUGAUUUUCCAAAGCACCAGUCCCGAAACAAGAAACAAUGGAUGGAAACUAAUCAAGGAGAGAAGCAACAUAGAACUAAGGAGAAAUUUCCUAACAGAGAAAACAAUUGACCAGUGGAACAGCUUGCCUUCAGAAGUUGUAAUGGAUCAGAGUGAAGACAUCUGGCUAUCUCUGAAGCCCAAAGAGCCACUGUCAUCUCAGUGCUGUGGCAGUGGCUGCAAACCCUGCAUUUAUGAUAUAUAUCAGGAAGACCUAAAGAAGUGGGAAGAAGCCAAAGCAAAAGAAGAUAUAAGCCUUCUCUCCAGAAAGAAGCAGCAAAGUAGCAAUUCAGACCUAACACCAGAAAUAUUUAUGGCUUUCAUCAUAAGGUCUGUGACUCAAUUGACCGAGGACACCUACCAGUACACUUUUAAAUUGCCUGGAAACAGCAGCUUGGGGUUGAGUUUAGGACAACAUAUUGUGCUAAGAGGAGUAGUGAAUGGUUUGGAGGUUCAGAGAGCUUAUACUCCAAUUACGCCUGUGAAUGCCGAAGGGUUCUUUGAAGUUUUAAUAAAGUGCUAUAAAACUGGACUAAUGUCCCAAUAUAUAAAAUCAUGGAAAACAGGAGACACCAUUUUUUGGAGAGGACCAUUCGGAGGUUUUCCUUAUACAGCCAAUCAGUAUGGAGAACUCCUCAUGCUCGCUUCUGGGACAGGCAUAGCACCAAUGCUUCCUAUUAUCCAGUACAUAACCGCAAAUGAAGAUGAUGAGACUUUUGUAACUCUGAUAGGCUGUUUCAGAACUUUUGAAAAUAUUUACAUGAAAGCUCUUCUUCAAGAACAGUCUCGAUUCUGGAACAUCAGGACAUUUUAUGUAUUAAGCCAGGAACAGUCACUUAAAAAUCUGCCAUGGAGCUUUCAAGAGACUGCACACCUUGGUUGAAUAAAUGAAAACCUGAUUAAGAGUAUGGUGAACACAUGUAGAAGGAAACCCUUUGUACUAGUAUGUGGCUCAGUGACAUUUAAUGAAGAUAUGGAGAAGUGCUUGAAAGCAAUUGGUUUUGAAAAAGAGUCAUAUUUUAUAUUUUAAAUUACUUCAAAUGAAGUGGGUAUCUUGGCUACAAAUAUUACUACUGGACAGGUCUGCUGAACUAUUUUUAAAAAUUUAUAUGAUGUAUAUAAAGAGUUUUAUAAAUGGUUUCAUAAAUUAACAUUAUUUCAGAGCUUGUAUUAUAUUACUAUAUUUCUGUUUGUUGCAAAUUUAUGUAAAAUUUAUCUGCCUUUUGUGGGAAUAUUGAGAUCCCCAUACAUUGGGUGCAGUAUAUACAGUACAGGAACAAGGAUCAGAGUCACCGUUUUGAUUUUCCAGCUAUUGAUCUGAGUUGGCUGAAAAUCUUUCUCCGUGCCAAGCUAAACCACAUGCACAAAUUACACUAUGGAAAUAUAUCUGUUUGUUGUCCUGUGGAAGAUAUCCAAGCAGAACAUUCUGCUGUGUAGCUGUAUAUUAUCAGCAUUCUGCUUUAUCAGCAUUUUUUGAAAAAUUAUUUUAAAAAUUGAAGGACGCUUUGUGAAUCUUGCCCUAGUACACUCUAAAUCCACUGGAUUGCCACUUGUUUAAGAAUCACAAUAACUGGAAACAGUGGGUUCCAGUAUUAUUUUAUUCCUAUUAAUUUAAAUAUACAGUGCAUUUGUGAAAUAUCCCCCUA